UCAUCUUUUUAAGUGGGAGAACAUGCACAAUUGGUGGCUGACUAAAUACUUUUUUGCCCCACUGUACGUAAGCUAUUAAGAUGGCGCUGACAGGUAGGGCAGCCGUGCUUCUAGCUUCCACAAACAGUUUGCUACACCCGCAAUAACGUAUAUAACCAUGUAUUUGAAAUAGUUGUAACUAGGGCCCAAUGGUUAUAACACAUGGACAGUAAGUCCUUCUGUUCGUAACUAUGAUUCAAUUAAGAAAAAGUGCCAAUUUGUAAGUCCUGCUUACUGGAUUAAGUCUCUUGCAGUAAAUUUCCCACAACCAAACUAAAGCCUUAUUGACUGAUUACCUUUCUGUAAAGUUAGAGGUAUGCAUCGUAUAUGACUGGCUGAUUAAUUUGCCUAUUUCUAAAUCAAGCGCCUUAUCAAUGUUAUUUUCAAAAGCCCAGUCAUGACACUUGACACCCUCUUGGCCCGAUGACUAGCAUUGGCUUCUAUGUCCUAUUUACGAGACGGUUCUCGCCCUUCUGUGGUGCGUGACCAGUGGCUGUCAUGCAUCUUGAAUGGUGAGCAUCUGGGAACUGGAGGGGUCAAGUUCAAAAGUGGGGGGACGACGAGUGUGUCUAAUAGGCUAUGGGUGAAAACAGAAGCUGUGGUUAUUGCUACAGUCAUGGCUGGCGAUAUGAGCUGCGUCCAGUGCUUGUGACAGGAUGGUUGAAGGGACCCAACUCCGGGGGUCACUCAUCAUCCAGUUCUAGAACUUGACCUGUCAGGUGACAGAACCUAAAAUAGCCAUGCAGAGAGUAUAUAGAGGUCUAUACACAGGCCUUGGAUUUCAGAACAGGACUUGCCCCGCUGUCUGAAACAUACAGGACACUGCACCACGAGAGCCAUUGACAAAAGAAGAAAGGCUUUUUUGAAGGACAUAUCUUAAUUCAAUUUCACUGCCUUUUGGUUUAUAAUUUUACUGCUGAAAAGGGAAUGCAGAUUUUCAUCUGAAGUUUUUAUCUUUGAACAAGACUUAAUUUUCUUAAGGAUGAAGUACUACCAGGACCCAGUCUGCCAGUCUAGAGGUAUCAAGGCUUAUGGCCCCAAAGAGUCCAGCAGCUCUUCUUGCGCCCACUCUUCUCCACAGAUCAAACCAGUCCGCAGCGUCCACUUCCCCAACGACAUCGUGUUCCAGGACUACAUCCGGCAGGGCGAGCUAGACAGGAUCAGACUCUUCAUCAGAAAGAGGAGGGUCAGCCUGGAAACCAUCUACCACUCUGGUAUGGCAGCGAUCCAUGAGGCCGUCCUCUCUGGGAACCUGGAGUGUGUGAAGCUGCUGGUGAAGCACGGAGCAGACAUCCACCAGAGAGACCAGGAGGGCUGGACACCUCUCCACAUGGCCUGCAGCGACGGAUUCCCUGACAUUGCCAAGUACCUGCUUUCUAUUGGCGCUGACCCUCGGGCGGAAAACGAGUGUGGGGAGACACCUGCCGAUCUCAUCGACUCAGAGGUCACGGGGGUUCGAGAGCUGAAGGGGCUGCUUGGGGUGGAGGACGACUGAGCUCUCCUCAUCUAACUUUAAAACUCCACUGAAUCUUCAGUCUCCUUCCUCGCCCAGGCCUCCCGGUUGACCCUCGACAAUGGAAUUAAAUGGACAGAUCGGUAGAACAUUGUCAUUCUGUGCCCUCCCUCCCUUGUAGAGCUCCUGGAGACAUAUAUCUGGUCUGGUGGGAGGAAGGCGGCCUGCCAACAGUAGAUGGUUGCCUUUGAGAGUGAACUGAACUAUUGCUGGAAAGGGGCUCCUUCAGGCAAUCUCAGCAGGCAUCGCUUUGUAAUGCUGUUUGCAGGUGCAGAAGUUAGCUUUUGUACUUUUUUCAUACAGGGUGAACGCAGCACGGAAAUGAAUUAGAUAGCAGUCUGGUAAUGAGCUUUUUGAAGUACUUUAUAUAGUUGAUGUGUGAAAGCUUUUUUUGGAAGUUGUGAAACAUUUACAUUUAAGUCAUUAGCAGACGCUCUUAUCCAGAGCGACUUACAAAUUGAAACAUGGAUCUGUCGUUGUCCUCUGACUCAUAGGGCCAUUCUGAAAUGGGGCCUACUGCCCACCGCAGUAAACCAAUGUGAUAGGUCAACUCUACCUACUGACAGCGUUUAUUGUUCAAGGUUUGUCAUUUACAUCAUACAACUUUUAAAUUUGAAAAACAAAGACUGCAUAUGUACCACAUGAAUAUGUACAUUGCACUUUACCUCUAUACAUGUGCAAACACCACUGGAAUGGCUAAUUGUGUGUUUACAAUUGUUUUUACAAUCACAACUGAAACUGUGUGCAAUCAAUUGUGGUUACACCGCUUUGAAAAUAAUUGCCUUUUAUACAUUUUUUCAUUAAAAUAGUUUCAUAUUAAAACAACUUAGUGGUGAUCUAUUCGUCUUUAUAAACUAUUGGUAUAAGAACUUAACCAAACUUGGUUCCAAUUAACCUUGGUGGACUAAGAAGCACUUCUAACAUUGAAGCAAGUAACAGUUCCCGGUAGGCCGGCUCCGGCCGGAGAUCAAGUUAAUGAUUGUUAAUUGGACCAGCUCUCUGCAGGAAGGUGAUUAUCCAUGCCUCUGCACAAUGAGUACUGUACAGUAUUGGCUGAGGUGCUGGUUUCUGAUGGAUUUAGAGAGACAAGUAGAAUUUGGGCAUGGGCGGCUGAGAAAAUCAAAAGCCAAGUCAGGGUUGUGCUUUAGCCACAAGAAAAUACCCCCAUCAGUAUUAAGAGUGGAAGUUUCCCGUACACCACAUAUCUAGCAUCAAACUAUCAUACCCCUAAUGUAUUAGUGGACUGUAUGUAGCUGACCCUGUAGAGUGGUUUGAGAGAAGUUGCUAUGUACUUCAGGUGGGGCUCUACUUUUGGUUUGUUCCGCGUGGUCUUGACCGUCAAAACAAUAGAGCAUAUACAGUGAACAAAACAUAAGGAACGCCUUACUCAUAUUGAGUUGCAACCCCUUUCGCCCUCAUAAAUGCCUACAUUUGUCAGGCAUGGACUCUACAAGGUGUCAAGUGUUCCACAGGGAUG